AUGGAAAAAGAUAUUAUAGAUGAAGAUAUAAAUAAAAUAAACAAAGAUAAUAAUAACAUUAAUAAAAAUACUACAACAACUACAACUACAAAGAAACAUGAACAAAUAAAAAAUACUAAUAAAUCAUCAGAUGAGGAUUCUGAAGAUUCAAAUGAUAGUGGUGGUGAAAAAAAAAAAAAGGGUAAAAAGAAGAAAGAGAAAAAAAGAUUAAGAAAGUUAGUAGAACAACAACAAUUACGAAUUGAACAUAAUAAUAAUAAUAAUAAUAUUAAUACACCACCAACAAAUAAUCUUGGUUCAAUAAUUUCAGAAAAUGAUCUUAAUUGGCUGGAUAAUAACAUUAACAAGAAUAAUCAAAAUAAUAAUCAAGGCAAUAAUUUAAUAAAUAAUAACAGUGUUGGAUCAGUCGGUAGUAACUCACUAUUACUACCACCUCCACCACAAAAGGUUGUGCAAAAUAUCAAACCAAAGAAAGGUAGCGUCUAUGAUAAUGAAAUUCAAGCAUUAACCAAAAGAAGAGCCAAUAGCGCAAGUUCCAAUGGAGGUAAAAAUUACAGUAGUUCUAAUGACGACUCUGGUAAUAAUAAAAAACAAAAAAAAACCACAUUUGACAAGAAUGCAGGUGGUGGUAUUGGCGGCAAUAACAGUGAUAAUGAAGGUGGUAAAAAAAAGAAAAAGAAUUUAUCAGCAAUUGCAGCAGCAGAGGGUAAAAAGAUUCCAGUAUGGAGAAAGGUAUUAAGUGACGACUCAAAAUUAUUCUCAAACGAAAGAACAUGGAUGAGUUGGGUUGGAACAACAUUCUCUUUAGGCGCCAUUG